CCUCGCGCGGGGCGGGCACUGACGUGGCCGCAUCGCGCCGCCAUCUUGUGCUCCAGGGCGGAUCGCGGCCGGGGCGAGCGGGCUCCGAGCGGGACCCUCCGAGAGCAGCCAGACCCAGGGCCCGCGGCUCCCGACGACGCCGACUUCACUGGCCAGUGAGAACAUAUCUCAACCAUGGGAAAUAUUUUUGCUAACCUCUUCAAAGGCCUUUUUGGCAAAAAAGAAAUGCGUAUUCUAAUGGUUGGCCUGGAUGCUGCAGGAAAGACAACUAUUUUGUACAAACUUAAACUUGGUGAAAUAGUAACUACUAUUCCUACUAUAGGUUUUAAUGUGGAAACAGUAGAAUACAAGAACAUCAGCUUCACAGUGUGGGACGUGGGCGGUCAGGACAAGAUCAGACCACUCUGGCGUCACUACUUCCAGAACACACAAGGUCUGAUUUUUGUGGUUGACAGCAAUGACAGAGAACGUGUGAACGAGGCCAGAGAAGAGCUUAUGAGAAUGUUGGCAGAAGAUGAGCUCAGAGAUGCUGUUUUAUUAGUGUUUGCUAACAAACAGGACCUGCCGAACGCCAUGAAUGCAGCAGAAAUCACAGACAAGCUCGGACUGCAUUCCCUCCGUCACAGGAACUGGUACAUCCAGGCAACCUGUGCCACUAGUGGAGACGGUCUCUAUGAAGGACUGGACUGGUUGUCCAAUCAGCUCCGAAACCAGAAAUGAAACCAUAAACCUUCCUCUUCCCUCUUUUUCCACCCCUCCCUCUUACUUCCUCCUAUUCGCCCUUCGCUUUACUCUAAUGUGGCAAACUGUGCUACUUUGUGGUAUUGAGUGCCGGAAGCUGUUUUCAUUUCUUUUUGUCACAGUAUAUAUUGCAUCAUGCUGUAAAUGUGGCAAAUACAAGCCUGAAAACAGUUAGGUUUCUUAUUUAAUGUAAAUAGUUUUUGUUUCCAAUGAGGCAGUUUCUGGUACUCCUAUGCAAUAUUACUCAGCUUUUUUUAUUGUAAAGAAUCGAGUCACUGUUUAGUACCUGGAAGGGGAAUUAAGUGGGUUAAUAACGUAAGGGUUGCCAGCGGUCCUUGUGCAGUAGAGCUGGAUUCGAUCUUGGUUGGGUUGUGAGAUCUGUGAGAUCCAUUUUGGUGGUUGGUUUUUAACCUGAACUCUGUAUUUUUUUAAAAACAGACGAGGAAAAGUAAAAACACUUAAAACACACAAACGUUUGACAUCGCUUCUGCUGCUCCAGCUCAAACGUGGUGACUCUUGAUUCUUUUGGAAGGGUGAAGCAAUGCCUGACACCCAAUUAGCUUCAUCUGCUUAACGAACAGACCAUAAGUAGUAGAUCUCUGGCUCUUUCUGUAGCUCGUAGUCUGUGCUCAUCUUCGUUCACAACCGUUAAAAGAAUUUGCCGGGCCUGGUUUAGAUGAGCUUUGCCAGACUCAUGCUAAACAUCUGACUUUCGGUUCAGGUGAGAUUUCUCUUUUCCAUUGAACUUGAAUCAUUUCCAGAAGUCGACAUUUUUUAGCCUGUCACAUUUGUCAAAAAGUGUUUUGUACUUUUCUUGUGCUUAAACCACUCCAGGAGGCAAAACCUUUCCACAGGAAGCACAGCCUGUCCUAGUCCUGAGCUCUAUAGGCAGAAAGUACUGUACUUAACGUAAGAAUUGCCAUGAAAAACACCAAACAUCUAUGUAUAGUGUCUAGGGAAAAAAAAAAACAAACAGCAUGAGAGUUUGGAGAGUCAUUCCACUCUACAAGUAUUCAAUCCCAUUUUGGAACAAUCCCAUAUCUGUAUAUGUGUGAAAACCCUUGGCAUCCCUCAUACUGCAAGGUUCAGAUUUGCCAUCAGAAAAAUAAAAAAAAGACCUCUUUACUUUUCUUUUGUAUUUUGAUAAACACUGAAGAAGCUGGAGCUGUUAAACUUUAACUCGAGGAACUAUCAGAACUGGUUUAUUUAGUGUUGUGGAAACCUUUAUUGCUUUCAAUACACAACUAGUAAUCAACUGUUUUGUAUACUUGUUUUCAGUUUUCAUUUCGACAAACAAGCACUGUAAUUAAAGCUAUUAGAAUAAAAAUCUCUUAACUAUUUCAUGUUUUUUAUGCCUUGCUGUUCAUUCGAUCAUCUUGGCAGAAUCAUAAUUAAAUACUUGUUGAAUAAAAAGUUUCAUGAAACUU